UGAAAAGGAAAAGUUGUGGGGGGACGGGAGAUGAGUUGGGAGGCUAAAGUUCCUCACACCAUCAUACGAAGUUCCAGACAACAUCUCAUUCCGGCGAUAAAGUUAAACCCCUUAAUGAAAGCAACAAAAAAAAAAAAAGCCAAAAAAAAAAAAAAAAAAAAAAAAAAAAAAGAAGAACAACAACCAAUUUUCAAAUUACAGUUAAAACAGUCUGGACUCUUUUCCGCGAAACGGCAUUGCAGGAUUGAUGCGUAUUUUCUUUUUUCUGCAAAUAAGAAGAUUCACAGCAGCUUUGCUGUGGAUAAAUGGACACUGAGGGAGAUGGAUGAAAAUGAGUCCACAGCAGAGUGUCGCAAACAGUAUUGACCAGAUAGCAGAAGAUGAAGUCCACAGUACCAAGACGAAAAUCUGGAUCUUCAGUUAUUAAAGCUUUCAGCAAAACCAGACAAUGCGAUGAUUAUGGGGCAUGUCAUGUAUCCCAAAAUGCAGUGUUGUUAAUGGAAGCCCAUGUUCACCUUACCACUGGCUUGCAGUCAAGAGAGCGGCUUCUGUUACUUUUCACAGAUUCACUUAUCAUCGCCAAGACUAAGUCUCUGUAUCUAAAGCUUAAAGUUUGUGUUAGCCUCUCAGACAUAUGGCUGGCAUCCUGUAUUAAUUUCAUCACAGAGAGGAAACUUACAUCCAAGAACUCGUUUGUGAUUGGCUGGCCGACCGCCAAUUAUGUUGUCACUUUCAGCUCUUCAGAAACAAAGGAGAGAUGGUUACAUGCUCUUCAGUGGCACACCUGCAGAGUCAGGCAAAGAAUCUUGCCAAAUGCCAUUCUUCUCUACGUCCUGCUGAUCUGCCAUCCCAAUGAUGACUGCCCUGCGACCGUGGCUGUGGCAGUGGAUGUGAGCACCACUGCGGACAAUGUGGUUCAGUACAUAAUGCAACGCUGCAAAAUGCUGGGUGAAGUCUCGGAUUACCAGUUGUGUGUGAACUAUGAAAAAGAAGAGGAAACUUACUCUCUUAUUGGCCAUGAGCUUCCAUUCUUCAUCCUGCGCCACUCCCUGAGAAGUCAGAAAGACCAUCUUCACAUGCCCAGUGAGCACCUGCAGGAAGCAUUUAGUGCUGCCCAGCAGACAGAGGCCACAUCCAAGACCCCACACUUCACCCUAAAAACCAGAACACACACUCCCAAGGGUGGUGUGCUGAAACACAAAAGAAAAAGGUCUCUGAUUGAUUGGGCUCUGAGGAGGGUACACCUUAACCAACCAGAAAGCCAUACUCACCCAGAUACUGCCUCUCACAAUUUAUUCGGCCAGUCUCUCUCAUCCAUUUGUCCUGAUGGAAACCUGCCCAAACCAAUAAUGGAACUGCUGUAUGUUCUGUUCUAUGAGGGUCCAAAGACCUGUGGAAUCUUCCGCCGUUCAGCGAAUGCCAAAAACUGUAGAAUUCUGAAGGAGAAAAUAAAUUCUGGGCAAAGUAUUUCACUGCAUAAGGAAUCUGUGUUUGUCUCUGCUUCUCUAAUAACAGAGUUUUUGCGCAAACUGCCUGGUGGUGUGUUGUGCUGUGACUUGUAUGAAGACUGGAUGAAAGUUCUGCAAAGUGAGGAUCAACAGGACAGACUUAACAGAGUUAGAAGCUUGCUUGCACAGCUGCCGGAGGAGAAUGUUACCUUGUUGUGUCACUUGUUUGGAAUGCUGCACAGAAUACACACCUACUCAGAGGUGAAUCAGAUGACAGCAACAAACUUGGCCCUCUGCAUCGCACCCAACAUGCUCUGGAGAUCAUGCCAAAUCAGCCCUGAACAAGAGGGACAGAAUGCAUUGCAGGUUGCUGAGCUCAUCCAGUACAUGAUAGAAAACACUCCCACCAUAUUUGGGAAUGAUCUGGAGAGUCUGUUCACUAGGCAAAUUAAUUCAGGGCAGGAAACCCAUGACUUCACAGGCACUUCGUACCUUCAUCAACACUCCUCUUCGGAAGACACCGAUCAAGACUUCAUCACUUCUACCCCUCUCUCUCCUGAAGUUCAUCCACUUUUCCUCCCUCUAGCUGCACUUUCUCUUAAAGAGAAGAGGAGACCAUGCCCCUUUCAUACUAAUAUGCCAUCAUCUGAGGGUGUCUACAGCUGCGGAACACUGGAUUCAAUUUCAUCACAUUCCAGUACUUCUGUGAGCAUGUUGGGGGUUGGGGAACUUAGCCAAUCACGUGAUCGAUGCCUCUCUGAACCUUCCAUGUAUUUUUCCACAACCCAAACACAGGCACUGACUCAUCCACCUGUUAUCCGCCAAUCUAGCUAUGAUGCUGCUGUAACAGACAGCCAAAAUGAGCAUUCACAGGGCUCUGUGAGGUUCAGUCCAGAACAACGGUCACAUAAUUCUGGGACAGGUACAAGGCGGCGACAUUACACUUUCUGGAAGUCACCGCAAAUCCCCAGCCGCUUCAGGCAUCCUGCGCAGAGAUUGGCCAGCAUGUCAAGUGUGUCAUCAACUACCACUUCUUCACUCAGCUCAUUGGAUAGUACACUGUCCCUGAGCUCUGCCGAUCCAAACCCCAGCCCUCAAGAAACACAGUCCAGUCCUUUUCUGUUCGGAGCAGCUGCAAGACUGCGGCCUCUCACCCCAGUAAUGGCUAGAAAGCGAUGGACAAAUACUUUCACUUAUGAAGAGGAGAAGGUGGAGUUUUGGGGAAAGAGAGAUCAGGAGACAGAACAUGAGAAAAAGAGAGAAUUUAAAGUAUCUUUUAAUGACUGUGGAGGAGAGAGAAGAGAGAAGGAUGAAGAUAGAGCUGAGAGAGAAGAUACCAUGAGUAGUGAGUCAUUCAGUGAUAUACAUGAGGUUGAAGGUUUACAAAGACAGUGUGUGUUGGAGUGUAACGGUGAGAGUGUGUGCAGCUUGGGGUUUACAGUAAAUCCUUCAAAGUCCUCUAACGUAUACAAGAUAGAUCCCAAUCUUGACCUAAACUCGCAGGCAAUCUCACAAUAUCCCUGCAGCAUAUGGACAGUCCCACAGGCAAAGAAGAUUGGUAAUGAGAUACGGGCAUCUGAGGUUACACAAAUACUCAUAAACACACCCACAACAACCCAAAAGCAAAUCAGUACCAAAAUGAAAAACUCUGUUGGUCAACUUCAGCUGGAACAACCAAAUACACGCUCAAACAUGCAUAUUUCAGUUGGGCAGAAAGUGAGCAGAAUGAAAAUCACAUUCUUCCCGUCCUCUGGAAGUGUAUUGUUAAAAUAUUCCAAGGUCACAAAUCAAACUGCUGACAUCACAAAGAGCGAUAAAGAGUUGAGGCCAGAAACACUUUUUUACAGUCAUAAUGUUCCACAAGUGUUGCAUUUUAAACCACCACAGCAAACAUCAGUCCAGGUACAAACACACUGUAUUUCCUCUGAGAAUGUGGGUGUGGCAGAUCCAAGUCUGUGUGGUGGUGACUUUGGUAUUGUUACCUUAGAUAGUAGUAGUAGUAUCAGCAAUGGAGUAAGCAGUUACCCAGAAGAGAAUACUGUCCAGUGUGUCAAAUGUAGUAGUCUUGACAAGGGCAUUAGUCAUAGCGUGAGCAGUGUUGAUGACCUGCACAGCAGUCCUGAUACCGCUGGCCCUGCUGUUAGCAUUAGCAGUGGUUAUAGUGUUAACCACGGUAUUAAGCUCUUUCAUGGUCAUGCUAAGCAGAGCUCUUCAAAACCCACUGGCAAACUCACAGGAACCUUCCGCCACACAAUCUACAUCAAGCUUCCUGUCAAUGUACGCAGCAGAGGGUCAGCACAGAACAAGCAGUUACCAUAAAUUAUUUCUUGUGGAUAUGUAAUAUUAAGUGGUGUGGGGUAUGUAGCAUAUUCAUAGAAACAUUGUUAAUCAUUUGCCUCAAUGUAAAAGUGUUUGUUUUCAUUAGAAUAAGCAUGGAUAUAUAGUAAACCCAGACUGUAAAAAAUCCUUACACUAAAAAUGUUUCAAAUGUACUUGUUAAAAAAAAAAAAAGUGUAAGAUUAUAAGACUUGUUUUGAGAGAAUUUAUCUUGAAUUAAGGUUAUUUUUCUGGCCAUAUUGGUGAAUUGUUUUAUCUAGUUUUAAGCAUAAACCUUACACAAUUUGUUAGAUUUAUGCUUAAAACACGAAAUUACUAGUGAAAGAUUCUCUGAAAACAAGUCUUUAUACUCUAUGCUAUUUCUCAAGUAAAUUUAUCUUGUUUUAAAGAAUUAGUUCACCCAAAAAUGAGAAUUAUCUCAUCAUUUACUCACCAUCAUGCAGUCUCAAACUUGUAUGACUUUAUUUCUUCUACGGCAUACAAAGAUAUUUUGAAGAAUAUAUUAGGUGUUUUUGUCCAUACAAUAUGACUCCUGUCACAGGACGUGAGCGCAGCAUCUUUUCAAAAGCAAAUAAACCUUAUUCACAACAGCACCAUCUUUGAUUUUUGAUGGGAAUGACAAUGAGGCUGUGAAGGAUAGUUGUACAGUCUCUUUAAUGGGCUGUACUGCAGUUUAAAGUGUUUUUGGAUCAUUCCCCGGACAAAACAUUGAAAAAACAUCUUUUCAAGAACAUUCAGUAGACAAAAAACUCCAGACAAUGAGAUGUGAUCUAGGAGCUUUUUACAGCUUUAUACCAUGCAUGCCACUGAAGAGAUGGUAAGUCUAUCCCUAACAGCCUUGUUGUUAUUCCAAUUAAAAAUCAAAGAAGGCACAAACGUGAAUAAGGUCUAUAGAUCCCAAUAUAAUCAAUGAAGCUGUCUACAUUGGAAGCGUCUGUAACGGCAACAGUAAAUGGAUGUACUGUUCCAUUUUGCGCUGCAUGUGCUGGCACUACUACCAAAAAGACAAAUAAACUGUUAAAAACGUUUGCUUCGACACGUCUAGUGUAGACAGCCUCAAGCUGUUGUGGCGCGUUGCAUCAACGGAUGCGCCCAGUGUAGACAGGGUGUAAGUCAAUGGGAUCAAAAAAAUUCAAGCUUCAAAAUGGACAUAAAGGCAGCAUGAAAGUCAUCCUUACGACUCUGGGUUUAAUCCAUGUCUUCUGAAGUGAUAUGAUCGCUUUAGGUAAGAAACAGACCAAAAUAAAUGCCUAAUUCAUUAUAAAUCUUGCCGUUCUUGGUGCGUAAAUGAGAGAAGCUAAUUGACACAUUUCCUUAUGCUUUACACAGCGUGCUGUACUCAAAUUAGACAGUGUUGCCAGGUUUGCUGUUUUCAUGCCCAGUUGAGCUAUUUUGAAAUUGCACAAGUUCAAAUGGAGUCACGUGUGAUACAAAAAAACGUUGAUGGUGAACACUAGAAAAUGAAAAUGCAACAUAAUUGAUGUAUAAUGAUACUCAGAAUUGAGUACCUGGCAACCGUGAGCAGAAUCAAAGAAUCACUGUCUUGAAGCUUGUGUUCCAGUUGGGCCAGAUGCCAAUAUUUAUAGUGAAUAAGGACUUACAGUAUAUUUUGAUCUGUUUCUCUUUACUUCAGAAGACAUUGAUUAAACCAGUUGUAUGAAUUACUUUUAUACUGCCCUUAUGUCCUUUUUGAAGCUUAAUGCUUUAGGACCCAAUUGACUUGCAUUGUAUGGACAAAAACACUCCAUACAUCCUUUGUGUUCUGCAGAACAAUGGCAGUAAUAUGAGUUUGGGAUGGCAUGAUGGUGAGUAAAUGAUGACACUAUGCCUUACUAUAUUUUUACUGAGGGAAAAAAUUACAAAUUAAAAUUAGUUUCGCAGUGAAGUCUACUGUAUACUGGUAAAUUAAGAAGAAACGUUUCUGGGGGCAGAGAGUGAAGCAACAGUGAAUGAUGACAGAAAGAUAGUGAGUGAUUGAGUAUGCAUACUGAAGGCCCAAGUUAAAGAUAUUAAUGGAUUAUUGAAUAAUAUUUUAAAUAAACACUUUAUAUUUUUGUUGA